AUGUCGAACGAAGUACCUCCAGCAGUAACGCGGCUUCUCUCGGCAAGAUACCCAACUCUGGAUGUCGACCCCACCUGGCUCACCCGCUGUGUCAAUGAACUCCGCCAACGCGAUGCAUCUCUUCGCGCAGGCACACCAGACCAGCUUGCGCGGGCAGUACGACAGAUCCUGCUCGACUCGGAUCUUGCCGAGGUAUCUUCGGCUUCAUCAAGCCGUCUGACCGCUGCUUUGCGCUCGGCAAAGAUCGGCGACGCAGGCCGUGCAGCGGUAGUCGUCCAAAUCGAGAGCAUGCUCGACAUCGGUCACUCCGCAUCUGUGCAGCUGGAGAUCGCAGAGGCGCGGAGGGAGAUGCGCCGAUCGAACGUGGAUCCGAACACCUCGCUCGCUGAGGAGACCAAGACGCAAGGUGCGGCCACGAGUGCGGAUCACAUGGCGGACUUCCAAGCGCAGGAAGACGACAAGGUCAUGGGCACGACGGUCUUUCCCCGUCGAAUGCUGCGGCUCGAGCUCUCAGAUGGGAGGCAGAAGGUAACGGCCAUAGAGUUGCAACGCAUACCCGGUCUGGACAUGAACACCACGAGGAUGGGAGCCAAGCUUCUGCUCAAGGGCGUGAACGUGAAGGACGGAUAUGCGUUGUUGACGCCCCAGACGGUGGGUGUGGAGGGCGGGGCGGUGGAUGAGAAGGAUAGUUUUUGGGAGGAGAAGCUGAUCGAGAGGCUUCGCGCUCAGCUGGGCAAGCCUAAGGAGGACGAGAGUGGUCCGCGUGGGAGGCCAAUUCGAGGACCUGAAGGCGCGGAGAGUGGGACGAAUGCCAGGGAGAAGCGCGGAUUCAGCCCUGACGACGAUGAGAGCGCGCUGCUGGCGGCGCUGGAGGCGGAACAGGAGAUGAUGGCGGUCGCUUCUACCUCCAGAGGCACCGGCGCAACGGCGAACACGAAGCUCAACCCUCCCAAUAGCAACAGAGCGACGACUUCGGCGGCACCACAAUCGCCCGCAGCCGCACGUCAACGAGCCACCCUCGUCGUCCCUGACAGCAUGCAGAGCUCAAACGCAAACUCUCGCACCCAAGUCAAGUCGAGCGCGACACAGGAGAACCCCAUCGCGAUCAUCGACAGCGAUGACGAAGUGUUUGCCGAUGUGCCGGACGAGGCUUUUGCUGGGCUGGAGGACGUAGAGAUGAACGCGCAAACGAAGCGAAAGUCCGAGCGCAGUGGAGAAACGAAACCGGGCGCCAGCAACUCGUGGGCUGAACCGAUCGUCAUCGAUUCUGACUAA